AUGAGCCUGGGUAUCACAAACACGAACGCAACAUUGCCAAAGACAUCUGCUCCCCGGCAGAUACGAUUUGUUGCAACUGAUGGUCAACCACAUACCAAGAGGAGGCGCAUAAAUGCGGCGUGUUUGACAUGUCGCAAGAGAAAAACUCGAUGUUCUGGAGAGCGUCCGGAAUGCAAAACAUGUACAGAGAAUGGCCAUCUUUGCUCCGGUUAUACUGGUCGAUCCAGCAGGAAGGAAAAUGAUAAAGAGGAAGAUGGAGAAGACGAAGCCGAUGGCGACUCGGCGCCAUCUACACCACGCAAACACCAUAGAGACAUUGAUGGUGUAGCUCAUUCAAGGCGUCCUACGGAAAAGCCCAAUUCCCUUGGAUUGCAUUUCACAAGACCACCAACCGACCGCGAUGAUUUUGGAGACACUAAAAGCCCUGCGAGCAACUAUACAACCAGCAGUCUAACUUCAACCCGAAAUCGAGUACCGUAUUUUCGUUAUUUUGGUCCGACAGCUAUUGUUCCAGGGUUCAAACAAAUGGUGGUGCAGGUCAAAGACCACCGGAGAAGUCUAGCCUCCACAUCGGAUGAAUCUCCUGCUUCAGGUCCACCGCUGGAGACACCAUCGAUGCCAGGCCAGGAUACGAUACCCGUUGAGAUACCCUUCUACGAUGCCACCGAUCCAGGCCCAAAUGCGCCUUUGAUCACUCAUCUGUGUGAAUCAUUUUUCACCCAUCUGGGCUGUAACUAUUCCUUUUUGCAGCGAGAACGAUUUCUCAAGGACUUGGAAGAGAAGCGGGUAGACGCGAUACUGGUCGACGCUGUGUGUGCCGUAGCGGCACGCUUCUCACCUAGCCCGAUUCUGUGCAAAUCAAACGACCCCUCUAUCCCACGAGAUACCGAGAACAAUGUUCGAAGAUCAUUUCGAGGCCAUCCUUUCGCGCAGCGAGCCAUGUCAUCCGUAAUUGAUACAUUCUCAUGUCCCACGAUCGCGGUCGCCCAGGCGUGUCUGCUGCUAGCUUACGAGGAGUUCGGAACCGACCAUGACAGUGGUCUAUGGAUGUAUUUAGGGACCGCAAUCCGUAUGGCUCAAGAUCUAGGGAUUCAGAAACUCGAGGGUAUGCAACUUGAAGGUCGGAUUGGACCCACACCGAAGACCGCAAAGCAUGGCCAAGAAGGCAAGGCCGAAGAACAGCGCAGAUUCGAGCAACAAGAAAAGCUUUCGCGGAAUAUCUCGCAAGAGGACAGUGCGCAGCUUGAAGACAGAAGGGCUAGUGAGCAAGAGCGAAUCGACACUUUUUGGGCAAUUUUCUUCCUUGAUCGAGCGGUAUCAUCUGGCGUCGGCCGUCCGGUCACGCUUCGAGACAAGGAUAUUGAGAUAUCUUUCCCCUACAGGUCUGACACACAACUUAUCGACGGUUAUCCCGAUCCGUUUCCGGAUAUGAUCAAAAUUGUGCACAUGUAUGGACGUGUCGCCGAUGUCUUGAACAACCUCAAAGAGGUCAAUCAAGUUACACCAGAAGUCCUGAAGAGGCUGGCAAGCAUGGAGAAGGACUUGACUGGCAUCUAUCAACGACUAUCACCACGACUACACUUUAACGCGACGAACUUCCAGCAUUAUGUGAAGGCGGGCCACGGAACGAAUUUCAUUCUGUUGCACUUCUGGUUCCACACUCUGAUUGUGCUACUUCACCAACCGACUCUUCUUCAUUCAUUUGAAGGUAGAAUUCAACAACUCUUCCCAGAUAGUAGAGAAUUGUCCAUGUCAUCUGCGAAGACCAUCGCAGAUAUACUUGCAUUCGCAGAGCUAAUCGACGUCAAGAGUUUCAUAGGCAACCCGUUCACAAGCCAGCCUAUGUAUGUUGCUGCGUGUGCAUUUCUCGCAGAGGCUGCGGCUCAUACCUCUCAACCUCCAUCUCGAGCGACGUCGCCCCCAAUCAACGUCAAUGUUCCCAAGCUCAAAAGUGAACAUAGGUCGGAGAGGACUGUUUCUGAGCAGAAAGCUGCCUCCGCACGUCAUACACUAUUAGCGACAGCAGCCAAUCAAAACUAUCAACGAUGUUACAAGGCGCUGAAGACGUUAGAUUCGUAUUGGGCGGGGUGUAGGUACAUCUUGACUGCUCUUGACCAGAAGGCGAAGGGAUUGAUGGAUCCUAUCUUGUUCACCGCGGAGGAUAUUGACGGGGAAAUGCCAUCUACUGAACCAUCGUUCACCACGCCUGGCUGGAGAAGGAGUACUUCUUUGGCUGCAUCGCUCGGUGGAUAUGGUGGCGCCAUCAACCGGCUACAAGGUCUAAAAGCUUUUGAGAGAGGUAUGCCAUUCUCGCCAAAAAUGGACUUGAGCCAGGUCAUUGGGUGGUCAUUGACAGGAACCGCAAAUUCACCAGCGCCAAAUCUAAGCGUGAUCUAUCCCAAUGCUGGUGGCGAUGAUUCCGGAGCGGUCAUGACGGAAACUCAAAGCCACAAUACUGCAAGCAGGAAUCAAGUUGCUGCGGGUGGACAGGCAAUGGGUCAAGGUGUCCCCGUUCGCAGGCUACAGGACUCGACUUCUCCGCCUUUGAUUCAACCAGGAUAUGACAGGUCGAAGCUGACGCCAUCUAGCAACAAGCCAUCAAGCUUGCCUUACGAUCCCGUAUCUACCGCGGAGGCCGAUCUUUUACUUGGCCUACAUUCUCCUUACACCAAUUUAUCGACGAAUCAGCCCAUGAUAGGUCAAGGAUCCACACCACAAGGUCAUACUGCAAACUCAUACGACUAUCUGUCCGCACAAAACGAGUCGAACAAUAUCUUACAGCAGCCUUCUUUCCUCGAUUUCCAGAACCAGAAUUACAACAACAUGUUGAUCGAAUCUCAAGAUAUCGACAUGAGUGCCCAACAGUUCAAUUUCAACUUCCCCGGCGGUGACAUGAUCCCGUGGCUAGAGUAUUUACCGCAGGAUGUUCUAAACUACUUCGGAGAACAACCAGGCGACGAACAUCAACCGGGUUGA